AAUCAGUGUAAAACGCAGCUGCAGGAGGUUAUGUCUCAUACACGGGAAAAGUAACUGUCCUGUAUCGGGUUAUUUCACGUUUGCUGUGUCUGUAUUUGAGAUAAAGCCGAUUCAUUUUCUGUAUAGUGUAUAUUUGUGUGUCGACAGAUUUACGUAAUAGUUUCGGUGAAGUAAACGUAGGGGUUUUCCCACUAUCCCCGCGUUACUGGAAUCACACGUCUACAGAGAUAUAAAGGAUCGGCUGACAAACACAGUAUGCAUGACAUAAACAACACAUCUCAGAAGCUUGAAAUCUAGGUAAGGAUGGAUUUUCUACAAUAUAAGUGGACAUUGGCAGUGACCUUGUUGACCAAUGCUGUCCACGUUUGGUGUUUUUUACCUACCCUAACUACGACCACACCGCCAGAUACCUAUAGCCACGUCCAAAUCACAAGAGAUGGAGUCAAGAAAGCGGCGGCCAAUUUUUUGACAGACAACGGACUUGUUGAGGGGUCGUACUCAGAUCCAGAUAGAGUGUUGGCUAAAUAUUUUGGUUCAGAUACUGACAGUCAGGAAAAAUUUAAUCAGAAAAUGCGGGAUUUGUCGGCGCGAAUGAAUACAGUGCAGAAUGAUGUGAAGUUGAUUGCAAAGUACACUGUCAAUGGGGAACGUAUAGAAGACGCGUUCAACCUUCUGAAGAAGUUGUCGGGACAAACACGCGUGAUGACGUUACUUGAGCCAUACGACACAGCUGCACAGGAAAGCACGUUCGAUAAUCUGGCUAAAGCUCUGCUAGUCAUCCAGUCGUUUUACAGCAGUACGAACUGGGCGGAGAUGAAUGGGGACGUGGUGUGUCCAGCGUUUGGUGGUGACGGAACCAGUCUGCCAAAGAUAGUGAAGGCCUGGGAGGCGACCUGCAGCAACUGUGAUCCAAAUGUCAAGUACGACUGUUUAGGCAACAUGGUGACAAACUCCUUAACCAGUGGCUUCAGACCAGAGCAGGAUGUCAAGAUACCACAUUUGAAUACGGGAUUAAAAUGCGCACAUGACUGGAAUACUGACAAUACCAGACUAGCUAUUGGUGGAAUCGGGAAAGACACUACUGACGCCAAUCUCACACCACACGCAGAUAUCCACCCGGAUGCUGUUGUAGCCGCGAUCCGAGCAACAACUGAAUACUUGUAUCAAAAUGGCAAAGGUAUUCUAAGCAACCUUUCCGUUGACGAGUUCAAAAAUCUGUUUGAUCUCAAAUCGCGUGAGAAAGAAUCACGUGGUUCCUUAACAAUUGUCAUGGACGUGAGUGGAUCAAUGAGCGAUGACAUGAAGGCGGCUAGAGACGCUUGUAUCAACUUGGUGUCAGCGGUUCAGGGAACACCAAAUGAACCAACGGAUUACAUACUAGCCACCUUUAACGACCCAGAUAACAAAACAACCGGGGAAAGAUUCACAAAUGGAGAUGAUAUCAUUAACAAGCUUCAUAGUCUUGUUGCUGACGGAGGUGGAGAUUGCCCGGAGUAUGCGAUAUCUGGAAUACUCAGAGGGAUAUCCCUCACUAAAAAUGGAUCCUAUCUGUAUAUGUUCACUGAUGCUGAUGCAUCAGACGGAGAUAGGAUGGGUGAGGCAAUUGCCAAAGCGAAAGCAAAGCAUAUUAAGAUAACCCCUGUACUGACUGGAUCAUGUAACAGACGUCGACGACAGGCUACGCGACGAGUAGCGCGUGCGAUCCACGACGUUUAUUUCGAGAUGGCUGCUGCCACAGGAGGUCAGGUAUACGAAACCACGAAGUCUGAAUUAGGAGCUGUUCUGUCUAAAAUUAUGCAAAAGGAGAUGCCGUCAUCCAGUGUUGUGCUGCGGACCUUUAAGAUACAUUCCACGGGCGGUGACCGAGGCUAUGUUAUCGUUGAUGCUUCUAUGAACCUCCUCAAGAUUGAGGUCGAUGGCGCAGCCUCAGUUGAUGACAUAAGAGUUGAAGAUCCUAAUGGUUCAAAAUUACAAUACCUCCCUGGUUUCGCGUCUCGAUAUUACAGUGACGGGAAGGUUAUCAUCUCCGUACAGAAACCUGUGACUGGUAAAUGGACCAUUAUCCGGACGGCCACAAAGUCACUGACUGUGCGCGCUUCUGGAUCAUCGUCGUUAGAUUUCUCUUUAGUAUUAACGGAACAAGACGAGAGUGGAGUUCCAUACAUCAUACAAGGGAACCCAAUAGCAGGUCAAAACUACAGCAUACUGACCCAGCUAUUCAAUCUAGGCUACAACGCAUCACUAGAUGACAUGUCUCUUGUUAAUCUUUUCGGAGAUGAGGUUGAGAAGGUUGAGACGUCUCUACGUCGAAUUGGAUCAGAGGUGUCUGCUGUUGCAAACUUCAAAAUGCCUACACAACGAGUCCGAGUACAGAUAACCGGUGCUCUUCCAGGCGGGGAAAGUUUCCAAAGAACCAAUCUACAAAUUAUCUCCCCGGUCAGUGUGGAGCUUCGACUACAAACAAACUUAGAUCCUUUGCCCUUCAACGAGCCACAGAACAUUACCUACUUCUUGGGAAACCAUGGUCCAAACAAUGAAACAUUCAUUGUAGACGUUGACGCAGAUUAUGGCGGUCUGUCUAAUGUGAUGCAUACAAUGUAUCCAGGGGAGGUCAACGGGUAUAUCUACCAGGUCAUAGGUCGGACGACAUCUAAAACACUGAAGUACACUGUGUCUGUGAGACAGCAGGGUUCUGAACAAACACUACAGUCCUUAUCUGGUUCCGUUUGGUUUGAGAAUCCAGCCUGCGACGUCAUUCACAACGGGGAUGCAUGUCCUGAGACGGUCAAUUCACCAGCUUCCUGUCAGUCCAUCACGUGGUCUAGUCGUGCUGUCUUUUCUCCGGAAGUAAAGUCAUACGAAAUAUCGACCAUCGAUGCAAAUAUUGAGAUAAUGGCAAACUACACGACCGAUGAUGGAAAGCAGUAUAUUAAUAUUAGUGGAGAUUGUUGUUCGCCGUCUGUAUACCUGUCUGCUCUGGGAUCAAGUGGCUACAUGAUUGGUCAGUGUCACUUUAAUUUCGGAUCCCUACCCACCAUCACCAUAACGGAGCUGGAACCUUCAGAUUGGACAUUGUUCGGAGUUAUCUUCGGCGUGGCUGCUGUAUGUCUGAUCGUAUUGGCGACUAUAGCAUUAUGGCGUCAGAAACGUGAAGGGAACUUUCACGUAAUGCAUCAGUAAUAGUACCACGAAAUGACGAACUGAGCUGUGACGUCACAAUGUGAGUCACGUCGUAAGCACUUAGGGUAAUGACAACAACGGGUUCACCAGUUGUUAGUAUAAUGUGAUCGGGUGGAAUGCUGUGCUGAGUGCCUUCGGCAUUGCAUUUCAGUCAGAUAACCCAUAAACCGGCAUGAUAUCUGCGCUUCCACAAGGAAGCAAUUACACCAACAAACCCUGUCUCCGGCACACAAACACAUAUGCACAUAUACACGACAAACAAGGAGGAACGUUUUUAAAUGACCUUAUAUGUUAAUAGCACGUUAAACAAAAUAAAAACAAACAAAACCACGUAGUAAGCGUAUAUGUUAUGGCAUACCAACCGCUUUGUCUUAUUAAAAUGGGAUUUGUCCCUUAGACGACCCGUUUCUUGCACAAAUAAGGGGAAGUUCCAUAUUUCAAAUGAUUCAUUAAUCUCUGUCAGAAACUGUAACUAUACAUCGGUGACUUAUUUUUGCGGCAUAGACAUGGCUUUGUUAAAUCAUUUCUGAAAAGAAACUAUGCCUUUCGGAACCCUUACUUUAAGCUUAUAAAGAUAAAAACAACAAGAAAUGAAUAAACUAUUCAAUGAUAUAAGUAUCGAAAAUCAAUCGGGCCAAACUGGGAUUCGAACUUUGGACUACCGAUAGAGUCGAUGCUACCAACUGAUUUACCUGUUAAAAAAAAUAUUCCUGUUCCUUUUGUGCUAGAAUAAUAUACAAAACAACAUGCUAAAUUAGAUUAUGAAUGCGAACAGAAACAUUUCAAUAUUCAUAUUUACAUUUUUUAUAUAUUUUAUUCUCGUGGAAAAAAUAGAUGUUAAAACUCACAAUUUACUUUAAAGAGGUCCAUUUAACGUGUGUACUUGUACAAACAAAGAACAGACAUCUUCCAGGGAAGAUCGGUGAUAUGAGGUAUCCGACAUUAUAAUUAUGACGUCAGCAUAUGAUGCAAUCCGAAUUAGGAAAGGUUUUAAAGUGGUCGUGUCAUUAAGUGGUAAAUGAUACUUUUCACUCGAUUUUGCAAAAGAUAUAUCCUUUCAAGAAACAAUAUAUCUUAAGGAUCUCUGAACUACUGACAAAAUCUGUAACACUUUAUUAAAACUGGGUUUUUUUCUGGUAUAACUACAGUGUUGACAUAUCUUUUUUGUAAGCGAAACAAAAAUUGUAGGAAUUUUAUGGAGUAAAACAAUAUAUUAAAUAAAUAAAAUAUAAUCAACAACAGUGGGUUUUUUUACGUAGCCAUUCAGCCGGGCUAGACCAGGAUUAAACACCUAAACAUAAGAUUAAUGUAUUAUCGCUCUAACCGACUUGGCCAAAGGAACAACAGUCCAUUCGGCCCACAUGUGCUAGAGUUAUAUCCAAAAACGGAUUUCAGGAGAGGUUACCUACAUAAAUAUGAAAAAAACAACAGCGCAGUUGGACAGGGAAUUUUUAACAGACUAAUUUCAUAAAUCUGUCUUAUAUCAGGGGACGAUAUAUGUUACAAGAUAUUUUUUUCACGGCACUGUGUUGUAUCUUUGAGCAAGAUACUUUACUCUGCUUGUUCCAGUUUACUCAGCUGUAAAUGAGUAUGUGGUUGGGCACUGCUAAAAUUGUUUGAUGCUAGCUGUGAGCGCCGAAAUGACAGCACCGGCUGUAUGCUCCCUAGGGAGUUGUGAUGAAGCGGUAUAUAAGAACCACGAAUUAUUAUUAUUAUUAUUACGAAUGUACGUGAAACUGUACACAUCAAACGAUAUAUAACUUAUAUAGAGCACAUUUACGAAAAUCUAUUUGUGAUUUCUGUGUCAUUUUAUAUUUCAUGUAAUGUAUGUACAGUAUUAGUGGCGGAUCCAGAGGGGUUUUUUGGGCUCC